AUGCGGGCAAAGCUGAACAUAAAAGUGAACUGGGACUGUGAUGCUGGAAGGUCCCUGGAGCUGAAGGGGGCCCUCUCCCCCCUGCCAAGCCCCAAGGGCUGCGGACAGCGGGAAAGGGGGACAGCGACGCUAACGAAGGCGUUUGACCCCAGGCGCCAUCCCAGCCGUCCCGGGAAACUCCCGGAACCAACCGUAACCGGACCCUCAGUCCAGAAGGGGCUUCUCGAGGGCGCAGGUUGCGGCGGCAACCCCUGGAUCGGGUCCCUCCGGGGUGUCUGCCGAGAGGAGAAAGGAGACCCGUGGACGCCUUGGGGCCAAGGGAGGUGGUGUCCUCGGGUGAGCGCGAUGCCCCCCGAGGGCCUCCCGGGAGUGGGGGAGGGUCGCAGGGAAAGGGGCGCCGAGUCAGCGGAACCCUCCCGUCUCUCCCAGACGAACCGGCUCAAAUCAAAGGGGCGACCGGGGGCGGGAGGUUCACGGAAAGACAAUGUUUGUUUGAGGGAGAAAAGCAAACAGCAGCAUCCGGAGCACUGCGGAAGGGGGGUAGCGGAGAAAGCAGCAGCGAGGCGGACGGGAGCUACAGUGGGGGGGCUGUUGGGGGCCCGGGAUGACGUGGGGCCCCAGCCGGGCCGGGUGGGCCCAGGAGAGCCAGCGGAGGGAUUGCAUAGAGACAGCAGUGUAGACGCGUGUAGACGCCUUGUGCACGGAGGGCGCUGGGACAGGUUAAACUCCACGCUGCGCUCGCAACGCAGCCACUCAGAUAGAAACCCAGUCUCAGGCGCCCCUCGGGGUCCUGAGUUUGCUUCUAAAAUGCUCCCCAGACGUGAAUCUGAGACAGGAGAAGAGGCGGCCACUGGGGAGCUGGGGGUUGAAAGGAGAGCCUCUAGGGGUCUGGGGUAUUUCAGCCCAGCGGUGACCCUGAGGCUUUGCCUCUGA